AGAACACUGUAGAGGAGAAGACACCAGGCUAAGGUGAUGCUACGGGGCUGCUCAUACGGGGUCCCCUCUUUCACACCCACACCAACGCAUCCGAACCAGGUGAGAAUGCCACAUCCCACCGGAGAGGAGGCCGACACUCACCCGAAGCCGCCGAGCCGCUCGCAGUAAGGCCGGACCGCCCCGGCCCGCAGCAGUGCGAAUCGGGAGCCAGAGAUGCCCGCACUCCGGGAGAGGAGGCUGAGGGCGGCUGGGCGUGGAGGAGGAGAAAGAGGAGGAGGAGGAGGAGGAGGAGGAGGAGAUCGGCCUCGCCCCCCCUUCCCUCUCGCCGGCUUUCCUUGCAGCAUUUCCAUGCUAGAGGUCUCCACCGAGCUGCGGAGAGAGGAUCUGCCUGGCUGCGCCGGGCCCUCUUCCUUCCUUUGUGCAUCCCCCGGCCCCUCCGGCUACGUCCCCGUUUAAUCCCCAUCCCUUGGAGCUUCCCCCGGCCCCGGCGGCAGCAGAAGCCUCCCUCGGAGAAGGCAGAGCCCGGCAGCGGCCAGGAGCCGGUUGCCACGUCGUACCACCCGCUUCCCGGCCCGCAUCCCUGCCUCCAUCCCUGCCUCCAUCCCCGCUGCCGGCGGCGGUGGGGCCCCCUCGGCGCAUGCUGCUCGCCUUCCCCGGCCCCCGCUGCUAAAUGCUGAGCGCCGACAGGAUGGAGGAGUUUCAGAGCGAGGAAGAGGAGCCCUGGUACGACCAGCAGGACCUGGAGCAAGACUUGCACUUGGCUGCUGAGCUGGGGAAGACACUGCUGGAACGCAACAAGGAGCUGGAGGAGUCCCUGCAGCAGAUGUAUGCCACCAAUGAAGAGCAAGUGCAGGAAAUCGAGUACCUGACCAAGCAGCUUGAGAUGCUACGGCAGAUGAACGAGCAGCAUGCCAAAGUCUACGAGCAGCUAGACCUGACGGCACGGGACCUGGAGCUGGCAAAUCAGAAGCUUGUGCUGGAAAGCAAGACAUCCCAACAGAAAAUACAAUGCUUGACGGAAACGAUUGAGGGGCUGCAGAACCAGGUGGAGGAGCUGCAGAAGCAGGUGGAGGAGAUGCGGAGCUUGGAGCAGCUCCGCAUCCGGCGGGAGAAGAGGGAGCGGCGCCGAACCAUCCACACCUUCCCCUGCCUGAAGGAGCUGUGCUCCAGCCCCAGGUAUGAAGAUGCAUUCCAGGUCCACAGCUCCUCAGCAGAGUUCAACCAGAAGCCGUUGGAGCGGGAGAACGAGCGCCUCCAAGCCAUGGUGGAAUCCUUGAGGUCCCAGGUGAACCAGGAGAAGCAGCGGAAGGAGCGGGUUGAGCGGGAGUACAGCUCUGUGAUUCAGGAGUACUCGGACCUCGAGCAGCGCGUGUGCGAGAUGGAGCACUGCAAGCUGCGCAUCAAGGAGCUGGAGGCAGAGCUCGUGGAGCUGCAGCAAAUGAAACAAGUCAAGAAGUAUCUGCUCAGCAGGGAAGACAACCUGUCUGAGGCCCUCCUGGAGCCACUGAAUAAUGCCCCAGAAGCAGAUUACAUCGACCUCUCAGAGGAAGAGGGAGGGAAAAGUCACGGGCCAUCAAUGACACCUUCCCCAAACCACCCCGUCCGGAAGAGCUGCAGUGACACAGCUCUGAAUGCCAUCGUCACCAAAGAUGCUGUGAGCCGGCACGAGGGCAAUUACACACUGCAUGCUAACAACGUGCGCAAACGGGGCAUGUCCAUCCUGAGGGAGGUGGACGAGCAGUAUCACGCCCUGCUGGAGAAGUACGAGGAGCUCCUGAGUAAAUGCCGGCAGCACAAGGACAGCGUGCGUCACACAGGGGUGCAGACCUCCCGCCCUAUUUCUCGUGAUAGCUCCUUUAGAGACUUCCGGGGAGAAGGGUUUGAGUUGGAAGAGCGGAAAUCCAUGGAGAAGACCAUCAGCAAACACGUGGAGGCCGUGGACAAGCGGCUGGAGCAGAGUCAGCCCGAGUACAAGGCUCUGUUUAAGGAGAUCUUCUCCCGCAUCCAGAAAACAAAAGCAGACAUCAAUGCCACAAAGGUGAAAAACAAGAGCAGCAAAUGAGCCCUGCCCUCUGCAAUCCCCGCGUGCUAUCCCAACAGCCAAGUCUUCUCUUCAACUCCAGGAAACAUCACCAGCCCCACUGCUUUGAAGGCUUGAGAGGCCUCAUGGUAUGUUCUUGUAUGGGAAGGGAGCGUCCAUGGUAUAAUUGCAAGGAAAUGUCACAAGACUCAGUUCAUGUUUUUAAGCUUGGGCUCUGGUGACUUGUUGGACAAACUGUACAUUGUAGUUAGAGGAUUUCAGAAUCUGUAUGAUGGAUCUCUGCAUGAGACAGACUUCUCAAUAGCAACAGAAACCACACCACAAAGAACUGUUCACCUCCUCCAUCCUUUUCAGCUUGUCUUACAGUCCAGUUAGAUGCGAGCAAAAGCCUGGAUGUCCUCCAGCACUGCAGCCGGAGUUCAGCUUCACAGCAAAGCAGUAAGAGCCAUCAGAACUUCAGGAGCUGCUCAAGAACACCAGCCCAAGCCUUCACAUUGGUUUUAUGGCUAAGAACCUACACUUGUACUCAAGAGACCUACCCCCACCUUUCCCCUUUCCCAAAGGGCAGUAUGUUCUUGCUGUUCAAGCCAUUCUCUUGUCAGUCAGGUUUUUCAGCUAUUUACAAUGCAAGCUCAUUGCAACUGGAAAAACUUGAAGAGAAACAUAGAACUGAUUGUUCUGUCUUCAUCGGUGUCACCUAGUAACUCACUCCAUGCCCUCCAGACUUUGUAGGCAUACGGGAUUUCCUCGCUUUAAAUCUCCCCCAGUAUUUCAUCCCAGGUAUAUCACUGCCUGGCAGGAACUUUCCCAUAAGCUAGAUAAGAAGUGCUGUUACAGUUUCAGAGACAUGCUUUCACCUCACUGUCCAGGUACCAGCCCUCUGCACUGUGCUAUCCAACAGGACAUCACUGCCUCCAUUGCAGCAAGCUCCUCCAAUACAGCUUUCAUGGGCUUGCAAAGCUACCUAGCAGUGACUCACAUGCAAGUAGAAGGAUAAAGCACCACACUCGUACAGCAUUGGGACCACUGGCCCUGGCAGUGCUGAUCACACAUUGCCCUACACUUUUGCUCUAUGUUCCCAGUCAAGAGGACAGAUUUCAGUCUUCUGUUGAAAAUAAUCUAUCUUGGCCGAGAUACUGUCUCCAAAGGUCAUCACCUCUCAUGUUCCAGCUCACUUUCCAGCACUGGAAUCUAUUCACUUUUGCUUCCGCAGACAUGCAAACACAGCCAAAAUGCUGCUGCAGUCUCAGGAAUCACCACUUUCCAUUUUUCAUAAACUAGAAGUUGAUCUUGUUUGAACAGACACGUUUUAGGCAGAGAAGCAGUAUUUUAUUACAGCUUAGGCAACACCCCGAGCACUGUGCCACAAGAAAUGAGCAGUUCAGUGUAAGCUACCUAUUCUGUGCUGGCCCAGAGAAACUGUAGGCCAAAUUUGGAUUCUGUUUUCACCAGCUUAUAUCCCAAAAAUUUGGGUAAAUAGUUGGGAUUUUUGCAACAUUUAUUUACGUCAGUCUGAAUUUGGCUUUGGAGGGGGAAGACUGUUAAGACUUAACUAUCCUCCAAGUCUCGAGCCUUGACACUAUGAAGAGCUACCUUUCUUUCACUCACAAUGGAAUUAAUGCAAAAAAUAUCCCUUCCGCCCUUUGUUAAGCUGAGUACCACCGAGGUCAGUCGGCAGGGUGUGAUGCCCAAACCCAACUGCUCCAGAAGCCUUCUCCUCUAUUCCCCACCACCAAACGCUCCUUGCUUCCACGCUCUGCAUCUUCAGGUGCCCUAUGGCCCCCAGCUCAAGAAAAUUAGGAGCCAUCAGCACGACUGUGGCUACCAGCUCUAUAACAGUAUGGAGAACCUUCAUGCCUUAUUUAUUUAUAAUGGAAAGCAGUUGACUAAAAAUAAAUAAAUAAACAAAAUGAACAAUGGCAACAAAAGCUGAAUCCUGUUGAUUUUUUCAGUGUUUCCCAGUUUCUGUUCUUUUACAGGAGCUGGCAUGACCAGCUCCAGUACCCUCGUACAUUUGUAUACCAUGGUAUCUCUGAAACAAUGUCAUUUUAAGUCAGCAAUCAACUGCUCGUUGCAUAUGCGUGGGAAGAGGAUUGCCUUCACUUUCCAUUUUAAACAAUAGCGUGUGAAUCAGCAUCCCAGUUAAGCAUACAUCAGAUUAAAUAUAUUUUCAAAUGCUUUAUUCUCAGAUAAAAAGAAACACUGGUACUGUCAGAGCUCAGACUUUCUGUAAAGCUCUUUUUACUUUUAGGUCCAGCACAACAAUUAUGUCUUUGAUUAUCAUGUACGAUUUGGGUCAAGUAACUGCUUCAGGCUUCUUUGCAGAAAGCAGAGAGGAUAUAUUGAACUAUACUGCUGCAUUAUUUAUAUAAUGCACACAUUGUGCACUUGGACUAAGAGCAUUUGCCACAUGAUGAAAACACUCUUCUGUUAGCUCAAAAGUUUAUAAAACUGCAUAAUUUCUAAACUUAUAAUUCAAAUGUUUUUGUUUUAUUUUUUUUGAAAACCAGACAUCAA